AUGAAGCCCCCGCCCCCUGCUCGCCAGCCCGGGGCACAGGACUCCGCACUCCAUGAAUAUUACGACGCGAGGCUCUCACGGAUCUACAUCGCCCACACGCUAAGGGAGCAGGGCCAGGAGCUUUUCAAUAAGAAAUACGCCCGCUCCGUGAUCAUUGAGGGGCUGCCCCCGGGAAUCCCGUUCCGAAAGCCCUGCACCUUCGGCUCCCAGAACCUGGAGAGGAUUCUUGCCGUGGCCGACAAGAUCAAGUUCACAGUCACCAGGCCUUUCCAAGGACUCAUCCCAAAGCCUGAUAAAGAUGACGCCAACAGACUCGGGGAGAAGGUGAUCCUGUGGGAGCAGGUGAAGGAACUCUUCAACGAGAAAUAUGGUGAGGCCCUGGGCCUGAACCGACCGGUGCUGGUCCCUUAUAAACCGAUCCGGGACAGUCCAGAUGCCGUGGAGGUCACGGGCCUGCCUGAUGACAUCCCCUUCCGGAACCCCAACACCUACGACAUCCACUGGCUUGAGAAGAUCCUGAAGGCCCGAGAGCACAUCCUCAUGGUCAUCAUUAACCAGCUCCAACCCUUUGCAGAAAUCUGCAAUGAUGCCAAGGUGCCAGCCAAAGACAGCAGCAUUCCCAAGCACAAGAGAAAGCGGGUCUCGGAAGGAAAUUCCAUCUCCUCUUCCUCCUUGUCUUCCUCUUCCUCAUCCUCUAACCCGGAUUCAGUGGCAUUGGCCAAUCAGAUCUCACUCAUGGUAAAGUUGCACAGAUUUGGACUCCAGCCCUCUUCUCUGUGACCCUCCCCCCUCAGUCAGGCAGGGCCGUCUACUCUGGAUGUGGGCCCAGGGGAUGGGGAGGCAUUGGGCUUUGAGGGGGGACCUUCUGGCCUUAGGGGUUAUAGAUGCAUCCACCCGUCUCACCCAAGAGGUAGCCCAUCCUUCUCACGGGGUACUCACAGGCACUCAGGCAGGAAUUCACAUCCCCGCUGGGCAGAUGGGCCAGCGGAGGUCCAGGGAGGGACCUGCCCAUGCCCUUCAGCCAUGCCAGAGCUGGAGACAUGAAAAGAAAUGUCACUGGCCAGGCGCGGUGGCUCACACCUGUAAUCCCAGCACUUUG